AUGUGCUAUUCACUGCCGAAAAUGUCGUCAGACACGUAAGGGCAGAACACUCUGGCCAGACAGAUUCUCGAGUCAGCCAUGAAGAUUAUCUGAACCGUGAAGAUCAUCUGAACCGUGAAGACCAUCUGAACCGUGAAGUAGCCAUCGAUCUAUUUCUGUAGGCGGUUUUUGUGCAGAACCAGGCAGAGAACUAGAAAUCGCCAGGGCAUGGUUUUACCCUACCCUAGUUUUCCGCAUCGAUAACGAACACGGGUGUGCCCUCUCUCUGCACGCUGGCGUAUUAGGUUCGGCAAACAAUACUCAAAGCGGGUCGUCGGUUCGGGCGCUUCACCACUGGUGGCAAUGGCGUCCUUACCGCGGUUCGACUUCGGCUUCGCCUUCCGAGAGCCCGCCUUCUCUGACUGCGUGCUUCGACUUGUAAUCGAGCCACACCUAACAGCUGCAGCGGACGAAAUAAACGCUGCCGAAGAUACUGCUGAAACCAGCAACAUAGAAUCCCUACACGUGGACACUGCAGGGAUAUCUAGCUCAGCAGCACCAGCAGCAGAAGCUGCAGCAGCAGCAGCAGCAGCAGAAGCGGCGGUUUCUCCGUCUGACCCUUCAACUAGAGACGUGCCAGCAGCAUCGGUGGUUCUGGCAUCCAAGUCGUCCUUCUUCCGGGCUCUGUUCACGAGCGGGUUCAGCGAGACAGUGGACAGAAGGAUGGUGCACAUACAUCUUUCUCGUGAAGAGGAGCCUCUAAUGAUGGAGCUGCUACAGUACAUCUACCGGGGCACACUCCCCCCCGAUACAGUCACAUCCUUUGAGCGCACACUGCAGCUCCUCCUCUUAGCCGACCGGUUUGGCGUGGACGAGUGCAUCUCCACGUGCUCCUCCCUCCUCACAUCCCUCACCUCCCUCCCUCCCCUCCACCCCCACCCCUCCUCCUCCUCUUCCUCGACUGCCUCGUCCCUUCUGACCCCCUCCUCUACCUCCAUCAUAGCACCAUCUCUCCCUCCCAGCAGCAGCACCCCUGGAGCCACUGUUUCUGCAAACCCACCACUCCCAGCAUCCGCCUCCAACACCACCAGCAACAGCAACACCACCGCCACCACCAGCAGCACCGCUACCUCCUCUCCUGUCCCUUCCUCUAUCACCACCCAGCAGGCUCUCCUCGUGCUCUCCCUCCCGCCAUCCCUCCGCCUCAACCCUCUUCUCGCUCAGCUCAUCCGCGCCUCCCAGGCCUGCAUCGUGCACCACUAUGGCCCCCAACUCAACAACCUCCACCACUAUGCUUCACAGCUCCACAGCAGUGCUGUUGUGCUACUCGACCCUCACCACAACCACUUCCACCACCACCCUCACCUCACCUCCACUCAGUUCAGCACCCCUCAGCUGACCAACCCUCACCUGAGCCACCCUGCAGCACCCUUAAUCGAGUUUCUCUCCAUCCCCGAGGCGGGGAUGCGCGCUCUCCUGGAGUCAGACGACCUGCCUGUUGACUCCGAAGAGUCUGUCUUCUGUGCGCUCAUCCUCUGGGCCCGGCAUAGAUUCCCGGGCGGCAAAGUGGCUCUGAACAGCGAAUCAACCCCCGGCAGCAACGUGGGUAUUGGGGGCGAAGUCGCUCUGGGUGGCAGAGCUGGUUUGGGCGGCAGCCGGGCGGCGGGUUUGGAGGAGAGGAGGGCGGUGGUGGGGAGGUUGGUGAGGGAGGUGCGGUGGGCGUGGGUGGGUGCAGGGUUUGUGCGGGCAGUGGCGCUGGACCUAGAGGAGAUGCAGAGUGAGGAAGCCAGAGGGGUGGUUCUGGAAGGGCUGUUUGCUGCGGCUCAGAGGGGGGAGGAGAUCUCUGGUGUGCAGACCACGUCGAUCUCACCCUUGUCAUUGCAGUUUCCGCCUGUGAAUCCUGUUACUUCUCCUCCUCUUCUUCCUCCUCUUCCUCCUCCUCCUAUUCCUUUUGAGUUAGUCUCUGCAGCCUUGUCCGUUUCACCUCCUGCUUUCACCAGGCCAACAAACUCAGCCCCAUACUCCUCCCUGCCCUUCCCCACUCUCUCUUCUCCUCCCACUCACACACUCUCCGUCCCUUGCACAUCUCUCUCUGCGUCCCCUUCCCACCAACUCUCACAGUCCCUUCACAUGCUAUCAUCCCCUGCCUCCCCCCCUUCUUGGUCGCGCCCCCGCACCUCCUACCGCCCGCCCCGCAAGUCCCUCUUCCUCGAAAUUCCCCUCAGCCAGUGCCAGGGCUGGACGCCCUCCGUCUCCUUCCAGGCAACUUCCGGCCUGUUCUGCAUUGCCGGGCGGUGGUUCACGCUUAAUGCUAAGUUGGAGUGUCAGAAAGAGCUGGGACCGCGCUUCGGCCUGUUCCUGCGCUUAGAUAAGCAUGCCACUUUCCCGGGCGUUGCAGCAGAGAGCGUGAAUUGCCAGUACCGGUUCUGCGUGAAAAUGGAUCUCGGGGGAGGCAGUGAAGGGCAAAGCAGCAGCAGCUCAGGUACCGAUAGCGGCGUGAAUUGCAGGGCUCAUAGGGCCACCAGCAGUGGGAUGGCUGGGGCCAGUACUGGUGGCAGCAUUGCUGGUGGUACCAGUGCUUCUGCUGCUGGCUCCGUUGAAGGUGGUGCUUCAGGCAGUGAGCUUGGUGUGAGUUUUCUUGGGGCUGCCGCUGCUGCAACCACUGCUGCUGCUGCUGCUUCGACAGGAGGGGAUGUGUGUGGUACUGCAGGUGCCAGUGCCAUUAGCAGCUGUGGUGCACCAAUUGGAGGGGUGGGAAAUGGCUAUGGCAGAGGUUCAGUGGGGUAUUGUGUGGUGAAGUCUCGCAGUGGGUGUGUUUUCUCGGAGCCCUACCAUGGGUGGGGGUCACGAGAUCUGUUCAAGAAGUCCUGGGAUGAGGUGCUUGCGGCUCCUGAUGUGUUCUUUCCUGAAGGCGCUAUGCAUUUCCGAGCAGACAUCUGGAUUGACUGACAUUUAAAGCCAAUUUUGCAUACUCGUUCCUUCGUCAUCACUGCCUGCCAUCUAGCCUCAACGGUCGACAUUCAGUUCCAUCUCCUUCCCACAAUCAAAUCAGCCCAUUGAGGGGUCAAAUCAAAUCUUGGUGGGAUCGGAGCUCGAGAUUUGGAGUUUGAAAGUUCUAGGCGGCUAAUGGUGUUAAAGUGAGAACGAAUGAUGACUAGAAGUGGAAACCUAGA